AGCGGCGCGGGGCGCUGGCGGCGGGAGCAGAGCGCUCGCCAGGGCUACGCCGUGCACACCUCGCCCGGGGGCGGACGCGGGCCCCGGCCGGCAGCAGGCAUGUCGGCGAAGGAGAGGCCGAAGGGGAAAGUGAUCAAGGACAGCGUCACCCUUCUGCCCUGCUUCUACUUCGUGGAGUUGCCUAUUUUGGCAUCAUCGGUGGUCAGUCUGUACUUCCUUGAACUCACGGAUGUCUUCAAACCUGUGCAUUCUGGAUUUAGCUGCUAUGACCGGAGUCUUAGCAUGCCGUAUAUUGAACCCACCCAGGAAGCAAUUCCCUUUCUCAUGUUGCUUAGCUUGGCUUUUGCUGGACCUGCAAUUACGAUUAUGGUAGGGGAAGGAAUUCUCUACUGUUGCCUAUCCAAAAGAAGAAACGGGGUUGGACUGGAGCCCAACAUUAAUGCUGGAGGCUGCAACUUCAACUCUUUUCUUAGAAGAGCUGUCAGAUUCGUUGGAGUACAUGUUUUCGGGCUAUGUUCUACAGCUCUCAUUACAGAUAUCAUCCAGCUGUCCACAGGCUAUCAGGCCCCAUACUUUCUUACAGUGUGUAAACCAAACUAUACUUCUCUGAAUGUAUCUUGCAAAGAAAAUUCCUACAUUGUGGAAGAUAUUUGCUCAGGAUCUGAUCUCACUGUUAUUAAUAGUGGCAGAAAAUCAUUCCCUUCUCAACAUGCAACUCUCGCUGCCUUUGCGGCUGUAUAUGUGUCGAUGUACUUCAAUUCCACAUUAACGGAUUCUUCUAAGCUUCUGAAGCCUCUCUUGGUCUUCACAUUUAUCAUCUGUGGAAUUAUCUGUGGGCUAACACGAAUAACUCAGUAUAAGAACCACCCAGUGGAUGUCUAUUGUGGCUUUUUAAUAGGAGGAGGAAUUGCUCUGUACUUGGGUCUGUAUGCCGUGGGGAACUUUCUUCCUAGCGAAGAGAGUAUGUUUCAGCACAGAGAAGCCCUUCGAUCUCUGACCGACCCCAAUCAAGACCCCAACCGAGUUUUAGCUGCCAAAAGUGGUAGUGGCAGUGAUGGAAUUGCUCACACCGAAGGCAUCCUCAAUCGCAACCCCAGAGAUGCUAGCUCCUUGACCAACCUCAAAAGAGCCAAUGCUGACGUUGAAAUCAUCACCCCACGGAGCCCCAUGGGGAAGGAGAACAUGGUCACCUUUAGCAAUACCCUCCCGAGAGCCAACACCCCAUCUGUAGAAGACCCAGUCCGGAGAAACGCCUCCAUCCAUGCCUCGAUGGAUUCGGCAAGGUCCAAGCAGCUCCUCACCCAGUGGAAGAAUAAGAAUGAAAGCCGGAAGCUGUCCCUGCAAGUCAUAGAGACGGAGCAGGGACAGUCCCCACCCAGGUCCAUCGAGAUGAGGUCAAGCUCAGAGCCGUCGAGAGUGGGAGUCAACGGAGACCACCACGGUCCUGGCAAUCAGUACCUCAAGAUCCAGCCCGGCAGUGUCCCCGGGUGCAACAACAGCAUGCCCGGUGGCCCCCGAGUGUCCAUUCAGUCCCGCCCAGGAUCCUCGCAGUUGGUGCACAUCCCCGAGGAGACCCAGGAAAACAUCAGCACCUCCCCCAAAAGCAGCUCUGCUCGCGCCAAGUGGUUGAAAGCCGCGGAGAAGACUGUAGCGUGUAACCGAGGCAACAGCCAGCCCCGGAUCAUGCAGGUGAUCGCAAUGUCCAAGCAGCAGGGUGUCCUGCAGAGCAGCCCCAAGAACACGGAGGGCAGCUCCGUCUCCUGCACCGGCUCCAUCCGCUACAAAACCCUGACGGACCACGAGCCCAGCGGGAUCGUGAGGGUCGAGGCGCACCCAGAGAACAACAGGCCCAUCAUCCAGAUCCCGUCCACCGAGGGCGAGGGCAGCGGCUCGUGGAAGUGGAAAGCGCCCGAGAAGAGCAGCCUGCGCCAGACGUACGAGCUCAACGAUCUCAACCGGGACUCCGAGAGCUGCGAGUCCCUGAAGGACAGUUUCGGGUCCGGAGACCGCAAGCGCAGCAACAUUGACAGCAACGAGCAUCACCACCACGGCAUCACCACCAUCCGUGUCACGCCGGUCGAGGGCAGCGAGAUGGGCUCCGAGACGCUGUCCGUGUCUUCCUCCCGCGACUCCACCCUGCGCAGGAAGGGCAACAUCAUCUUAAUCCCCGAACGAGGCAACAGCCCGGAAAACACUCGAAACAUCUUCUACAAAGGAACCUCCCCCACGCGGGCUUACAAGGAUUGA